GCGGCGCAGCGUGACCUUGCCGCGUGCUUGGGACGAUGGACCUCAGCCGUCACCAGGCUCGGCCGAUCAACCUCUUGACGAUGAUAUACCGCACACAGAGGACGAAGGUUUCUUACGCAGCGCUGCUCUCUUUUCCGUUGUUGCAUUCCUGGGGCGUUGUAUAUAACUAAUGGCUCUCGCAGUUGAGGACCAUCAGCAGGUAUCGCCGAGCUUCCAUGGGAAGGAUCUCCCCGAUUUCUAUCACGACCUUCAAAAUAGCGAUAUCACUGAGAAAUUUCGCGACUUUGACGAUCCGACGAAUUUCCUUAAUUUUCAGCGAGCUGUAGCAGACGCGCAUAGCCGGAACUUCGUCAUCGAUUUCGCUGACGAUGAAGCUUGGUGUGGCUUCAACCUGGGCGAUGAUGAGAUCAAAGCACUUGUUUCCGCCGGUGCAGCUACACAUGACAGUACGAGAUGGAUCAACAUAUGGCUUCCUUACAAACAGAGGGAAAUCCUAGCUACCCUUGCGAAGCACUACGACUUCUCGCCGCGUUUAUUUGAACUCAUGAAGUCCGAGCCAAUACAGGACUCGAGUCAGCAGUCAGAUGCUAUCAGUCAUUCUUCCCUCUUCAAGCGUAUGAAUCACUACCAUGGCUUCCAUCGGAAGGCAGCACGGCCAGGCACUUCAGGCUCCUCAACUUUAGGAGAUCCUGAGGAUCAGCUUGGCACUGAUGCCAUACCUCUUGCAGACCUUCCACUUGAACCCUCUUUUGGGGUAAGUCACUAUCAAAUGGUUGAUGAAGUAUGGCACUGGGCGACAGUAGACGAGGGCAGACACUAUGUUUGUUUAGGCUAUAACUCUCUCCACAACAUCAAAGUCCAAGCACCCUUACCUGCAACCGAGGGGAUCGAGAGCCGAAGCGAUGACCUCCCAGACGGCAAACGUGUCUGGAGUUGGCUCAUCCUCUGCGAAGACCGAACCGUUAUAUCCAUUCACGAAGAUCCCUACCCAUACAGCAACGGCCAUCUCCCGCUCAAACACGAGGACCACUACUCUCUCCUUUCCAUCCGCCGCAACCUACUCAACGUCUUUCGUAAUAUCUCAAAAGCCCACGACACAUCAAAAGACCCCGCUAUCGCCAUCCUGCCUAUUCGCCGCCGGAUAGGCUCCAGCGCAGCCGAAGCAGCACACCGACCUUCAGAUGCACCAGGCCUACUAUUCUACUACCUCUUCGACGACUGGUACACGACGUACAACCUCGUGGCACGGCGGGAGCACAAGUACGCCGAGCUGCUCGAAAAAGUGCGCGUGGCAAUGCUGAGCAAAGCGGAACUGAAGCACGUCAACCAGCUGCACCGGAUCGGGCGGCAACUGGCAGUCUUGAAGCGGCUGUACUCAAGCUACGAAGCCAUUUGCGACCGCGUACUCGAGCGGCACGAAGCCACACUCGCCAGCCUCAAAAACUCUCACGUCAUCGGCGACCAGCGGAACAUCGAGGACUCGAUAGCCUCGUCAGGGCCGCAUAUCCCGGAAGCAGAGAGCAUGCUGGGUGUCAGUUUGAGCUCGGCCGCAAGAGCAAGGUUCAAGAGGCUGAAGGACAGGACGCGAUUGUACGCGCUGAGCGAGAUCCAGGAAUGCCUCGACCAGAAGGAGAGCCUAGUUAUGAUGAACUUCAACCUCAUCGCGAUCAAAGAGUCGCUCAGUGUCGAGCGGCUGACGCGCAUCACGCUGCUGCUCGCCAAAGUGACGAUCCUGUUCAUGCCCGUGUCGUUCAUGGCAGCGUACUUUUCGUGCCAGUUUGAGGGCGUCGAGUUCACUGUAGGCCAGUUCUGGACCUGGUUUGGGAUUGUGGGGUCCGUGAGCGCGCUUGCGCUCGUGACGUUUAGUUUUGUGAGUGGUACGUUUGAGGGCAAGAUGAUGUAUCGGAGUUUUAGUCGUGCAGUGCUGGAUUGGAAUAGGGAGUGGUUGGGCCGGAGGACGGGGAAGGGGAAGAAUGUUUGAUGCCUACGCGAGGUUGCUGAUGGAAGAGAGAGUUGCUGGAGGAAGAUACCUAGGUAACGAAACAAUGUCACACGCGUAACUGU